AAUCCCUAGAACAGUAUACUUAACAAUCAUAAUACGACGUAUGCUUGACGGUGUAUUUUCGCGUUAUUUGUCUCCAAAUAUAAAAAUAUUUGAACAGUCAAAACGAAGUCAAAAUGAAGUUAACAAUUGUAUCAGUUCAAGUGUAUUUAGAUGAGAAUAAAAUAACAUAUUUAAUUAAUUUUAGAAAAAGAUAUUGGACUGAUAUAACCUAGAUUAUACUUUUGAUUACAUUCAAUUCCAUUUCUAACAUAUAAAGAAAAAAAUAACACUGAUGUGUCGCUGACCCCACCUAAUUUUAUACUUAAUAGAAUCGAGUUCGUAGAUUAAUAGCAAAAUCUUCAUACAUGCAUCAACGUAAAGAGUAAAUAGUAAAUACUAAUAAUAUCAUUUUUUUUCAUCGCUACGGCUUACAUCUUUAAUUAAAAUACGUAGAGGAGAAUAGUCGACUCUGAUUGGUAGAUCUCUUAACGUAGAAAUUGAAGAGGUUAGUUUUGGUCGUAACCUAUAAGAAUAAGGAAUAAGUUUAUUGAUUAACGUGAUGUCAUUAUUUCGAAGUAAAACAUUUCGCUAUGGUCUUCCAUUCAUAAUUUUAAUCGUCGGUGGAUCGUUUGGACUCAAAGAGUUUACACAAAUAAGAUAUACAUACAGACAACAACGGGCUUAUUACCAUGAAGCAAAACGAUUAGGUAUUGAAGUAAAAAAACCAGGAGAAAUUACUUUAGAUUCUGAAUUUGAAAAAGUUAAAGAGCUGGAUAUCGAUAAUUGGAAAAAUGUAAGAAUAUCAAGACCUUGGGAGGAAUAGAUACAAAAUAAAUUAUUUCCUAUAAAAUAUACAAGAGUAGAUGUA